AUGAGGAGCCAACAAAGUGAAAGAAUAAUGGACUACUUGUCCUGCACCCUAGACGAUGUAGUUGACAAGGAGAAAAAAAGCGGGAAAAAAAGUCUUCUAAAUUUAAAAAAUUCCCAAAAAUAUAAUUAUAAAUCCAAGUUUUUUAGUAAAAAAGACCUAACAAAAAGUAGCUCAGGUUAUCGAGGCAGAGGAGGCGGUGGAAGGUCAAAAUUUUCCAGCAGUAGAACAUCAGGAAGUUUUAAGAAGCCCUUCUUUAGCAAAAGAUUAAUUGAUAAAAAAUAUAAUACUUACAAAAGUAGAAAAUUCUACUCAGGGACAAGCACAGGUUAUUUUAAAAGUAGACCCAGCACUCGUAAUUCCCAACACGCUUAUGACACUCAUAAUAUUCCCUAUAAUAACAAAUAUUUCGUUAAUAAGAAAAAUAUGAUUAGUAGUGUAGCAAGAAGAAGACCAAGAAAAAUAUUUAAGCCAAUUCCAUCACACAAAAGUACUGUAAUUACUAGCAGUGCAAAUACCUAUAAUAGUGUACACGUUCCAAAUCACAAAUUAAGCAACUUAAAUAUAUCCCUUUAUCGUAAUAAGAGAACCGUUGCUGUGAGCAAUAAUCGACCUACCACCAAUCUCUCGAUAAAAAGAAAUAAAGUCAUCACGGCUAACAAAAGUAAAGUGGUUAGAAAAGGAAUACAAAAAACUACCAUCAAACCGAAGACCAGAAAAACUAUCAGCGGAUCUAAGUUUAAACCGUUAAAUAAAUACCUUUUGUCAAAAAUUAAAAUUGUCACGUCAUUAAAUAAAAUCCCAUCCCCGCUGAAAGAGCAGAAGGACACGGAGGUUAAUCUCCCGGAGUCUUUGAAUAAUUCCAGUGCGAGAAAGGAUUAA